CCGGCGGGACCCAGGCUGGACCGCGGGCCCCGGCCUGGGGGCCACAGCUGCCACCGCCGCCGCCACCUCGUCUCCUCCCCGUCCCCGCCCUGUCCCGUGUCUCCCCGCCUCGCUCGGGCCCGCGGCCGGGGUCCCUCCCCGCCGCCCCAUCCCGCCCGGAUGCCGAAGGUGAAGGCGCUGCAAUGCGCCCUGGCGCUGGAGAUCCGCUCUGUAACUUGUCCAGGAGUGGUGCUGAAAGACAAGGAGGACAUCUAUCUUAGCAUCUGUGUGUUUGGCCAAUACAAAAAGACACAAUGUGUCCCACCUACUUUUCCAUUGGUCUUCAAUGCCAGAAUGGUGUUUGAAAAGGUGUUCCCUGAAGCAGUAGACCCUGGAGAUGUGGUUGCACAGCUUGAGUAUGAUACAGCAGUAUUUGAGUUGAUACAGCUUGUUCCACCAGUGGGUGAAACACUGUCUACAUAUGAUGAAAACACAAGAGAUUUCAUGUUCCCGGGUCCAAACCAAAUUUCUGGACACCAUGAUUCAAACCGCCAGGUUACCAUGAGGAGGAUUUCUGGCCUUCGAGGAAUUGCUCCAAAGAUGGAAUUUUCUACAACCUCAGUGAUUACUGAGUGUCUCAUAAGUUCAAGGAAGUGCCGCACUCAGGAUAAAUUUAUUUACCACUCGGCUCCAGUUGAAAAAUCACACGGCAGAUUGCAAGGCAGAACAUCAAGAUCACAAAAGAAAAAAUCCAAGUCACCUGAGAGAAGUAAAUAUUGCAUAAAUGCAAAAAACUACGAGCAGCCUACAAUUUCAUCAAAAUCACAUUCUCCAUCUCCCUACACAAAAAGACGCAUGUGUGAGCUAUCUGAAGACACCAGGCGGCGGCUGGCCCAUUUAAAUCUGGGACCCUAUGAAUUCAAAAAAGAAACAGAUAAACCUCCAUUUGUGAUUAGACAUGUUGAUCCCCCAAGUCCCAGGGCUGAUGCUUUAUUUGGAUCUUCUGGCAGAGAUUGUGAAAGAGAUGGAUGGCACAGGAUGCACAACGAUCAUUCUCAUCAUGGCUGCUACAGACCCAAGGAUUAUAAGCUUGUCAGAGCACCCCAUGGGAGAGACUUCGAUGACUCUUUGGAAAGGUGUGAUGAGUAUUUGAACACAAGGCCAUGUAGCAAGCCCCAGCAUUCAGCGAGGACAUUACUAGUCCAUUCAGCACCCUCAACGACGCCUAAGCAUUCGCCAAGCCCUGUGUUAAACCGAGCUUCUCUCAGGGAAAGAUUCCAUUCUGAUUGGUGUUCACCUUCAAACUGUGAUGAGAUCCAUGACCGGGUAAAAAAUGUCUUGAAAUCACACCAGGCUCAUCAAAGACAUUUAUAUGAUGAGAGAGACCCAGACAAAGAAGAGGAACUGGAACUGAAAAGAGGUCUUUUUUACAGGGACUCUGCCUAUGAUAGUGACCCCGAGUAUAGCUCAUUUCAACGGUCACGUGGCACUGCCCAUUUGGAUGAUGGUGAAUACUGGUCUAACAGGGCAGCUUCUUAUAAAGGAAAACCCCACCGACCCAUCUUUGAGAACAGCAUGGACAAGAUAUACAGGAACUUAUACAAAAAGGCCUGUAGUUCUGUUUCUCAUACACCAGAAAACUUCUGAGGCCAUCCAUGAUAAACUAUGAGUGUCCGUGUCAACUUCUCAAUGAAAACGUUUGACGUGAUCAAUAUCUGUAUUUCUUUUUUUUUUUUUUGAACAGGCGGUUCUAAUUGAGUAAUGAGACAUGAAUAAGUUCAUUACUUCAAAUGGUAAAUUAUCAUAGGCAAGUCUUUUUGAUUACAGAAGAAUAUUCCACCUUCCAAAAGUCAAAGCUCUGGAACAUAAUGAGAACUUCCAAUUUGAUUGUGACAAGGUUUUUCUGUCCCGUUUGUAUAUCUCUUUAUUUCACCACCUACAAAUCCAAGAAUAGGUUUCUCUAGAAAUACUCUUCUGCCUUAACCACUGUAUAAUUUUCGUUUCUUCUGCUUGACUGAUUAUUUUGUCCAGGUAAGGUUUAAUUAAUAUUAAUUCCCUCUUCUUGGUAAUUAGUAAAAAUAUAUAUUGUACAGAAAUGAAUUCCCAAGAGUUUAAACUGUUUUAACUGGUAUUUUCUACUUUUUUCUCCCCUAGAAAGGGCUAUUUAUAUUUCUUGGCUGGUAAAAAAUAGUUGUUUUUUUUUUUUUUUUAAAGUUUAUAUGAUUAUUCAUUCCCUUUUCUCUGAAAGAACUACCUAUGGGACCUAAAACGCAUAAUAGUUAGCUAGAAAUAGCAGUAUCUAUAUAUAAUCCAAAACUUGAAUAACUGAUUUUUAAAGGUAGGAAAUUUUUACAUGAUUUUUGUUUUGUGCUUCAUUUUUUGGUGCAACCAGAAUCAGAAAAUAAUCUUUGUUAAUAAGCUGGUAGAGACUGAAAAUGAAUAAUUUUAGUUCUUUGGAGUUUUCAUUGGUACCACAUGGCCCAGGAAAGUAGUAUCCUUGUUUAGAGAAAAGUACACUUAGAACCAGAAAGAGGAAUGACACACACAGACACACCUGUGAGGCCAGUGACCCUUUGAGAUAUGAAGAAAUCAGCUGCUUCAUAUUUACCAAGGAGUGAGGGGAAACUAAAAGGAGAGUAGGAAAUGAGUGAACCAUAGUCGUAGUACACACUAGCAUGUACUAAGAAGUCCUGGUGUAAACCUGUUUGCCCCUGGUAUUUAGUACAGACUCUGGGAUAUAGUUGGUGCUCACUAAAUAUUUGUUGAAUUAAGCAGAAUUUCUUAGCACUCACUUCCAAAUGCCAUCCUCAGGAACACAUGGACAGCAAUUGGGAAAUGCCAGACCACACGAUUGCUUAAGUACCCUCUGCUUCUAGCCUAUGUGAUGAUGUUUUACACACUGGCUUUUGAAGAUCAACAUUGAAUAAUGCUGUUCAUAUUAUAUCCUUAGUGAACCUUAAUGUGUUUUUCUGUGAAGACCAAAUGAAAAAUACCUGUUGAAAAGUUGCUACUUAGUGAAAAGAACAAAUAUAAACUUCAAAGAAAAUGUUUUACUGUCACAGAAAACCUCCCGAGGGAGUAAGUACCACAGAAAUUACAUAUUGCUCCAAUAUCUGCCAUUGGCUAUGACAAAGAACACAAAAAUUGGGGCUCAAAGGGAAACUGGUAUUCUGAUAGACAUUUUCCUGUGAAUUAAGUUUAGUAUCUCUCUGAAGUAUUGGGGGCAACUUUCCAGAUAUGUAGCAUCUUUGCUAAGCAUCUGAUUAUUUUUUGUUCCUUGAGGGAAGGAGUGGUCUUCAUUGCUCUCCCUAACUAUUACUAUGAGUUCUUAUGUUGUAUUAUCUUUAGAGUAAAACUGUUAAGUGCUAAUAGUUGUCUUUUCUUAUUGAUAGAAGCAGAAAAGUACAAUUGUUUAUUCUCCUAGCUUUUUUCUACACUUCUCCCAAAUCCAGUAAUAGUCAUUUUGCUUACUGUGAAAGAUAAAUAAGAUUCAUAUCUUCCUUUUAAUGUACGUUUUCCUGUAAAUAAUAGUGAAAAAAAAAUCUGGGAAUUUUAGAAAGGAAAAUGUCAAAUUCAGCAGAGACAGCAGAGAUGAAUCUUUGGAUGAGAGUGAGUCGUCCCUGGUUCCACUACUGGUUAUAUAACCUCUUUUAAGUCAUUUAUCCCUGUUGGAGCUUAGUUUUCUCAUCUAUAAGGUUAAGGGAUUAGUUUAGAAUCAUCUUCUAAUGUUUCAUCAUUUCUAUAACUGUAUAAUUGAUUAA